ACAGAAGAGGCCGGUCCGGUAGAUUUGACGCGUCGCGGUGCCGACCAUACGGACGAGCGAUACGUAGCUGACACGACGUGUUUUUUACCUCUUGCCGCGAUAUUUUUACGAAAGAGUGAAUUAGUGAAUGCGAACGGUAUUGAUACGGGCUGAGAAUUAAGGCCAGGAAAAAAGCGUUAUCCAAAAUUUUUUUAUUUAUAUUUUAUUAUCGUAUACGUUUUGAGUGAGAUCGGUGUUGUUUCAUUUUCACUUUGUGCAAAUUUUUUAAACAGUUGGACUGAAUUUUUCAAGGUUUUUUAUAACGCUGGAUUAUAGUUGGUUACAUAAACGACAGUAUUUUUAAAUAAAUUAAAACUACUACGGUUGUGGAAGUUAAACUUGGAAACGUCCGGUAACAAAGUAUCGCUUUACGUAUAGUGUCCGAAACCUUUUUUUAUAUAAAUAAUAUUAUCAAACGGUCAGUGGUAAAAAGAGUGUCAACAUGACGAUUCACAAAAAAGGAACAGCAAAUAAGACGAAAACUAAAGGCUCCGAUAAGAAUGUGACUGAAGUUGCCAGUACCUCGUCUAGCUCUACAGCUGACGUGUCACAAUCCAGCUCAAAAAAUGCGACAGUUGCCUCGACAGAAAUUGUCUCAACGUCGAGUGUAGUUCAAGAAGCAUCGAAAGUCAUGAAGAGCGAAUCUCGAAGCAGUGUUGUCGAGGUGAGCAGUUCCAGUCGUGAGGUGAUAAUGGAUUCGAAGGGAAAUGUUGUCAAGGUAAUUGAGCAUGCCCCAAAAACAGCCAAACAUUCGUCGUCAACGUCAAAGGCCGCGCAGAGUUCAACAGAUUUUAUUGCCGGAGAGCAAAGAGAGCAAAUAAGGCAAACGAAGAAAGAGAUCAGUGAUGAAAAACGAAGAACAAAUGCAGGUAAAAGUGUAAAACAGAUCCAAGACGGGGGACAUGGUACAACUGUACGGUCGACUAAAGGUGAAAGUACUGAUCAGAUUAGCUCUUCUCAUUUUGAAAGCAGUCAAAAAGCAUCUUCCUCUUCAAGUACCGUCGUGGAAUCUUCAUCAUCCGUGCAGGCCCACCUUGAGCAAUCGUCUUCAGUGACAAGUUCCGAUCAAAUUCCUAGUCAUUCUAAUCCUACGAUUCAAACAUCUUCAAAAUCGUUCGAAUCGGCGAGGUCAAGUCAACUGAUGGAGCAAGGUGUAACCAAAGAUGGUCAAACGGUCAAAUCAAAAACGGAAAUACACAAGGCUGGACACAGACUAAACGACAACGGAAAAGUCACAUCAUCGAAGACGGAAAGCGUUGACAGUGAGACAAGUGUACUACCAGCUGAUGGUAAGGAUGGUAAUAAAACCUUGCAUACUUCCCAAAACGUUAAAGUUAUUGGCGAGCGGGCGAGCCCAGACAAAACAACAGGCAAUGUAACAAUUCGUACGACAGUAACAGAUAGUACUGGCAAAAGUGUGACGACGACUGAGCAGAUAGGAAAUGACGGUACGGCACAUAAUACCAAGCCCGGUGCAUCUACGUGGGACGGAAAGUUUGUCCUCGAAAAAUCAGUGAAACAAAAUCCGAGGAACACGUCAAGUUCGAGCGUGUUUCGUCAACUCGGACAAGAUUCUCCGUCACCAAAAAAGUCUAAGGAUAAACGUACUAAUGUAUCUCGAACAGUCGCUGGAGACAAUAAAUCUGUAACACAAAUACAACAGGGAUCUUCGAAAACCACCGAAGUUCGCGGCUCGACUAACAUCGAUAAGAAACAAUCUUCCAGUACUGUAAUUCAAGAUCAUGACUCCACCGUUCAAAGCUAUACUUUGGAAACUGUAAACACGUACGAUUCUACUGGAAAGCUCAUUAGCAGUGUCACUCGCCGUGUGCCUUCGGAAACUAGCGCGUUUACGGAUAGUGAAGGUAGAUCUAUAGAUCAACAGACGUUAACAAUUGUUCACGAAACUGAUUCCAGUGAUCAAAACACGCGCUACUCAAAGCCCGGAGAUUCUGCUUGGGAUGGAAAAUUUGUUUAUGAAAAACCUUCUCCUACCCAAAAGUGGAACACAUCUGAUGCUUCAAUAUUUCAGCAUCCUGGCCAAGGUGGCGUAAUCGAAUCCACGAAACGUAUUGACUCGAGAGAAUCGAAUCUAGAUGGUUCCUACAAUAAAGAAUCUACCACCAACGUACACACCGCUCGAGGAUCUACGGAAUCAUCGGAAUUCUUGACGCGCGAACGCGUAGAUGUCAGCAAGGAAUCUUAUGUCUAUUCGGACGAUGGCAAGACCCCACGAACUGUUGCAGGUCCACCAGAAGGUACCCGAAUCAACAAGCCUGGUCAAUCGAAUCCAAACAGUCAGUUUGUGCGAGAAAAUCCGCAAGAUAAUAGGUCCAAACAAUCGACCGAUGCUACAGUGGUAAGAAGAACUAAGCCGAGAAAUGAUUCCGUGGAGGUACAAGACAUAACCGAAGAAGUUAACGUCAGUAACGUCUCCGAAUCCGUCUCAUCUUCCUAUAUAGUUGAACAUUCUUCAAGCAGCGAUAUAAAAAGCAUCGAUAAGGUUACCUCUGUGUCGGAAACAAUCAUCGAAGAAGAGCCUUCUGGAAGAGGAACUAUUAGUCAUACUCCUCACAAUCGUCCUGUAAGCCCUGAUAAAUCACGAGGACAUCCCAGAGACGGUGCACCUGUAAGCUAUAAGCCUGGCCAAUCAACCUGGGACGGACACUUUAUUUAUGAAAAACCACAAACACCAAUUUCCGACCGGCGCCGCCCACCUAACGGUAGCCCUGUAGAUUCUUUGACCAGAAGGACUAACAGGCGAAGCAACGUAAUCGACAUUUCUGACGUCACGGAGGAUAACUCCAUCAAUGAAGUCGAUACUGUGUCAACUUCGUAUAUUGUUGAGCACUCCUCAAGUCAGCAAAGUUUUACAGACUCGAAAGACCAUGUAAGUAUUUCUUCAAUUACGUCAGAAAGAACUGUUUACGAUGAUCAGCAAGGUAGUCGUCCCGGUAGUGCUCAGAGGAAACAUCCAUUAGAUGGGCAUCCAACUCCUUCAGAACGUCUUGGCAGUCCAGACAAGACUACAAGACCCACAAAACCAGGAUCUUCGACAUGGGACGGUUCGUUUUUAUAUGAAAACGUACCGGAUCAAAAGAAACCGGCUGACUCGAAAAGACAACCUGUUAUCGGUGAUGGCAAAAAACCAAGUGACAGUAGACAAAGACCCACCACUGAGAAUAAAAAACUCAUCAGCGGUAGCCCAAGUGAACAAAACCGCAAAAAUUUACGCCACGUCAGUGAUACUACCUUGAAUAUGGACAGUACUGUAGAAGAUGAAGUCAUUUCGAGUUCUAUCAUUGUAGAACAAUCCAAUAUCCAAGAGAGUUUUACCGACUCAAAGAAUCUAGACUUCUCCACGACGGUAACGGAGACGGUAAUAAUUCGCGAUGGCAAACCUGUCGAAAAACAAACGAUUCGGUCCAUAACUGAUGAACAUUAUCCCGAUAGUCCUGAGAAGAGAGGGCCAAGUUCGCCAGAUAAACUCAUCAAUACACCUGGAAGCCCACACAAGAAGACCGCUCAUCCUGAUGACGCGAGUAUUCGACCCACGAAACCCGGCUCUUCGACAUGGGAUGGUUCCUUCGUUAUUGAAAAGAGACCAACUGCACAGAAGCCCGCUGAUAUUCGGCAAGAACCCCGUGUGAAUGAUAAAAGGAAACCGAUUGAUGGAAGGCAACAACCGAUUGACGAUGGUAAGAAAUCAACGACCAGAAGACCUUCAGAUGGCAAGCCAAGCGAUGUGGAGCGUAGAACAUCGAAACAUGUAAGUGACAGUACUUUGAGCGUCGGUAACACAACCAAAGAUGUUUCUAGUACUUCCGAAGUCGUCACAAGCUCCUUCGUCGUGGAGCGAUCUGACAUCCAAGCGAGUUACACUGACUCGCAGAAUGUAGAUUUCUCUACGUCGUCAACGGUAGUCAUUCGCGAUGGUAAGCCAGUCGAAAGACACACGGUUUAUUCCUCUACCGAUCAGUAUCGGCCUGGUAGCCCUGAUAAGAGAACAUCGACUCCGAGAGACAAAACUGAUGGGCAAAGAAGCCCAGACAAUAAAACAGGCUUACCUGAUGAAAAAACUGCUCGUCCAACAAAGCCCGGUUCUUCGACGUGGGAUGGGUCCUUCGUUAUUGAAAAAACACAAGGGCAAAGAAAGCCCGGGGAUUUGCGGAAAGAACCCGUUGUCGAUGAUCAGAGAAAGCCGACUGAUGGAAAACGGCAACCGAACGAUGGAAAUAAGAGACCCUCCACCACAAAGCACGUGAGCGAUAGUACUUUAACUCUCGGCAAUACGACUAAAGAUGUAUCGAGUACGUCUGAUGUAGUUACCAGCAGCUCUUUCGUGGUAGAACAGUCCAGCGCCCAUGAAAGUUACAGAGAUUCGAAGGACGUGAAUUUUUCGACCACGUCUACUGAAACAUUGCUGAUACGCGACGGAAAACCUGUUGACAGAUAUGUGACUCAUUCAAAAACCGGGCAGCGUCGACCUGGCAGCCCUGAAAAAAGAAUUCCUCUUUCAGGAGAAAAUAUUAUCGAUAGACCAGAGAGUCCAACUAAAAAGGGAUCUACUCCAGAAGACAAAAACAUCCGACCCACAAAGCCUGGAUCGUCAACUUGGGAUGGAUCUUUCGUUUACGAAAAGCCCCAAGAAUCUACUCCAAAACUUAGCCAAAAGAAAACACCAACUGAUGACAAAAAACGGCCAACUGACGUACGUUCCAAGGACGAGAAAUUGGUUGACACGACAAGCCAAAUAUCAACUACGACUUCCACGGAUCUCCGAAAAACUUCGGAAGAUAUCAGGGAUACGUCCGAUAUAACGACUAGUACUUAUGUUACCAAACAGACCUCCAUAAGAGACUCGAAGAAAUUUGGUUCAACAAGUGUGGCUGAAACAAUAGUGCACGAAGAGUCUGAAAAUAAGCAAUCAAGGGAUGACUCCAGAAAAUCGAAGCGGCCGGAAGGUCUCGAAAAAUCACCUGAAAGGCGACCUGGUCAACCUGGACGUCGACCAGAUGGAAAAACGUCCCCCGAACAAAGGCCUGGAGAGCCAGAGAAUCCUGAAGACAGGUCAACUCGGCCAAAUAAGCCUGGUUCAUCUACGUGGAACGGUGCAUUUGUCUACGAGCAUCCCAAAGAACCAACCAGUAAGCAGCCUGGUCAGAAGAAAGAGCCAACGGGUGAUAAAAGACGACCAUCUGAUGAUCAGAAAAAACUGACCGAUGGGCGGCCGGAAAACCGAAAGCCCACUGACACAGUAACUCGAAAAUCAUCUACCACAUCCACCGAUACUAAAAACAUUUCUAAAGAUAUUACUGAUGUGGUGCUGACGUCUGUGAGUGACUCGAAGAAAUUUGGUUCAACGGUUGUCUCCGAAACAAUAGUAUAUGAAGGAUCACCAGACAAUAAACCAAGGGACGAUGGUGGUCAGCCGAAGAAACCUGAUGGUGACAAAAUGCCUCAACAUAAACCAGGUGAGCCUAAAAGGCGUCCCGAUGGAAAACCGCUUCCCGACCAAAAGCCCAAAAGGGAAGAAAGCCCCGAAGACAGGUCGACGCGUCCUACCAAACUUGGCUCUUCUACAUGGAGUGGUGCUUUCGUUUAUGAACAGCCUAAAACACCAACCCCUACCGGCAAGAAACCUGGCCCGCAAAAAGAGCCGACCGAUGGCAAAAAACGUCCAUUAGAAGACAAGAAAAAACCAUCCGAUGAACGCCCAAAAGAUCAGAAAAUUACUGACACAGUUGUUCGAAAAUUAUCCACAACCUCCACUGAUACUCGGGAUAUUACUGAAGACGUUACUGAUGUAACAAUAAAUACUUACGUCAGCGAACAAACGUCUGUGAGUGACUCGAAGCAAUUUGGUUCAACAGUCAUUUCCGAAACAAUAGUAUAUGAAGGAUCACCAGACAAUAAACCAAGGGACGAUGGUGGUCAGCCGAAGAAACCUGAUGGUGACAAAAUGCCUCAACAUAAACCAGGUGAGCCUAAAAGGCGUCCCGAUGGAAAACCGCUUCCCGACCAAAAGCCCAAAAGGGAAGAAAGCCCCGAAGACAGGUCGACCCGUCCUACCAAACUUGGCUCUUCUACAUGGAGUGGUGCUUUCGUUUAUGAACAGCCUAAAACACCAACCCCUACCGGCAAGAAACCUGGCCCGCAAAAAGAGCCGACCGAUGGCAAAAAACGUCCAUUAGAAGACAAGAAAAAACCAUCCGAUGAACGCCCAAAAGAUCAGAAAAUUACUGACACAGUUGUUCGAAAAUUAUCCACAACCUCCACUGAUACUCGGGAUAUUACUGAAGACGUUACUGAUGUAACAAUAAAUACUUACGUCAGCGAACAAACGUCUGUGAGUGACUCGAAGCAAUUUGGUUCAACAGUCAUUUCCGAAACAAUAGUAUAUGAAGGAUCACCAGACAAUAAACCAAGGGACGAUGGUGGUCAGCCGAAGAAACCUGAUGGUGACAAAAUGCCUCAACAUAAACCAGGUGAGCCUAAAAGGCGUCCCGAUGGAAAACCGCUUCCCGACCAAAAGCCCAAAAGGGAAGAAAGCCCCGAAGACAGGUCGACCCGUCCUACCAAACUUGGCUCUUCUACAUGGAGUGGUGCUUUCGUUUAUGAACAGCCUAAAACACCAACCCCUACCGGCAAGAAACCUGGCCAGCAAAAAGAGCCGACUGAUGGCAAAAAACGUCCAUUAGAAGACAAGAAAAAACCAUCCGAUGAACGCCCAAAAGAUCAGAAAAUUACUGACACAGUUGUUCGAAAAUUAUCCACAACCUCCACUGAUACUCGGGAUAUUACUGAAGACGUUACUGAUGUAACAAUAAAUACUUACGUCAGCGAACAAACGUCUGUGAGUGACUCGAAGAAAUUUGGUUCAACAGUUAUUUCCGAAACAAUAGUAUAUGAAGGAUCACCAGACAAUAAACCAAGGGACGAUGGUGGUCAGCCGAAGAAACCUGAUGGUGACAAAAUGCCUCAACAUAAACCAGGUGAGCCUAAAAGGCGUCCCGAUGGAAAACCGCUUCCCGACCAAAAGCCCAAAAGGGAAGAAAGCCCCGAAGACAGGUCGACCCGUCCUACCAAACCAGGUUCCUCUACGUGGAAUGGCGCCUUCGUCUACGAACAGCCUAAAGAACCGACUGGUAAGAAGCCCGAGCCAAAAUCGGGACCAACUGCUGAUAAAAAACAGCCCACUGACAGUAAAAAGAAACCAGGCGACAAACACCCUACUGAUUCGGAGGUUCAAAAAUCUUCUACUCCAAUCAACGCCCCAACUGAUAAGAGGCCUGAACAGAAAAAGCCUGGAGACAGUACCGACAAGCCUGAAAAGUCGAAAAAUCUUUCUGAAAAACCUGGAAGUCCUUCUGAGCGUCCUGAUGGAAAACGAGAACCUGAAGACCGAAGACCAGAGAGUCCCACAGAUAAAUCCGACAGACCAACUAAACCCGGUUCCUCGACCUGGGAUGGUUCUUUCGUUUACGAAAAACCGAAACCUACAGAAAAGCCAGAGAAGCCAGCUGACGGGAAGAAACCAAAACAUCCGAGUUCGCCGAAGGACGUCGUUCCAAGACGUCACCCUUCAGAGCAAAGCCCAGACGAAGUUACCAAAAUUACCUUCAGUCAGUCCACCAUUGAUCUGCAGGACGUAACUGAUAUCCAGAAAUCUUCAUACGUCAUCGAGCACUCAUCGAGUUACACCAGUGUCAAGGACGUGCGCGACAUCACCGAGGAAUACAUCACCACCGAUUACACAACGGAAGAACGUCAUGACUUGAGAGAUGUUACUGAGUCAACGACAGAGUUUAUCGGCCAUGAACAGGUGACUAGCAUGGUAGCCAGAGACGUUGUGGAUGAUAAGAAAUUUGAAAAAAUCACAACGGCCAAAGGGCCAAAAGAUACGCCAACACCGAAGCCAAUUCCUGCUGCUGGUAAGCCCAGCCGUCCACAACGCCGUGAUGAAUCUCCGAAAAAGCCUGGCGACGAUGCUGACAAGCCUAAAAAACCGAAAAAACCUUCCGAUCGUCGAUCUGUUUCUCCGGAGAAACCUGGUGACCAAAAAGCACCAGACAGCAAGCCAAAGCCUGCUGCUGGAAAGCCCAGUCGCCCGAACGAAAAGCCACGACGUGGUGAUCAAACGCCAGAUUCCUUGGAUGAGGAAGAACCGCAGCCGAAAAAUAUACUGGAGCCUGCUGAUGUCCUGGCUAAAAUACCACUGAAGGAACAGUGUAUUUGCGAGCUAUGCACCUGCGGACGGCACCGAUGUCCUCACAAUGUUGGCCAGGACAAUUUUGAAUCACCUCACGAGCCUAUAGACAGCGUAACGUCUUACCGCCACGAAUAUGAUGAAAAACACGUAGAUAGACAAGUGAUAGUUCACCAUGAAGACCACCUGCACCUGGAGGGUGAAUUCAUUGGAGAACGACGUACUGACUACGUCGUCACCCACGGAGACCGAGCUCCGGUUCGAAAGCCUCAGGAUAAUCUACAUCCUGAAGGAGAUUUCUACGGACGUCCCAAGGAAGAAGCGCCCACCAAAGGCGAACGAGCGCCUGUUAGGCGCCCCCAAGAUAAUUUGAGGCCCGAGGGUGAUUUCGAUGGCGUGACAACAAAAGAGCUGGCCUUCCCCGGUCUACCCGGUGAACGACCAAGCCCUGUGCGUCGCAACACCUACACAAAAGUAGAAGGUGAAUUCAUAGACGAAACAACGAGCCGAACUGAGUAUAUCGAUCAUCGAACUGUAGAGCGAGCGGAAGUAAUUAGACGUACAGAUAAUUUGAUCAUUGGCGAAGGAGAAUUUACGGGAAUCUCUCACGUCAAAGAAGACUUUCCAAUUUACGAAAUUGUUGAGCACGAAGGACCCACCCGUCACAAAACAACAACGGACGAAGUCGACCGAUAUUAUGGCAGGACGGACAUUAUCGAGAACUUUACAACCACCAAUGAAGAGUACCAUAACUUUGAUCAAACUGAUUACGUGUCUACAACAAUCAUCAGACGCGAUGAUAAUCUGAAGCCAGAAGGUCCUUUCGAAGGAAUACCUAAAUCGAGGGAUGAUUACGUGCCAAUGCUUACCGAAAGACGAGAACCGCAUAAACCGAAGGACAAUCUGAAGCCCGAAGGAACUUUCGAAGGACGUCCCAAAGACGAUUUCAAACCAACCACGGGAGAUCGUGCGCCAGUUAAAAAGCCUCAGGACAACCUUAAGACGGAAGGGCCGUUUGAAGGGCGUCCUAAGGAUGAUUUCUCUCCGAAACAAGGUGAACGUCCCGAAGUUAAGAAGCCCAAGGAUAAUCUUCGCCCAGAAGGAACCUUCGAAGAUCGGCCGAAAGACAAAUUUACACCAGCUGAACGACGCACACCCAUUAAACAUGCAGACAAUUUGAAACCUGAAGGAGAAUUUGAGAGACCUGUCCAAGAACCGUAUGGCCCAGGUGAAAGAGCACCAAUCGUUCGCCACCCUGACAAUCUGUUCCCCAAGGGCGAUUUCCCCGAUAGAGAGCGUCAACCAUUUGAACCUGCUGAACGCAGGACCCCGAUAAAGCCUGGAGAUAAUCUACGUCCCGAAGGAGACUUCGAUGGCCGUCCUAAAAAUGACUAUGGACCGAAAUAUGUCGAAAAACCUGAUGUCAAACGACCCCAAGAUAACCUCAAGCCUGAAGGACCAUUCGAGGGUCGACCAAAGGACAAAUAUACUCCUGGAGAACGUCGCCAGCCGAUCAGACAUCCUGACAAUCUUCAUCCCGAAGGUGAUUUCGAAAGACCUGAGGAGGAACCCUUUGGGCCCGGUGACAGAGCUGACAUUGUUCGUCAUCCAGAUAAUUUAUUCCCGUCGGGAGAAUUCUUGAACAGAGAACGUAAGCCCUUUGAACCCGCAGAGAGAAGAACGCCAAUCAAGCAUCCAGAUAAUUUAAAACCAGAAGGUAACUUCGAACGUCCAGAGCACGAAAAGUUCCGCCCUGCUGAAAGGCCUAAGGUCACAAAGCCUCAAGAUAAUCUUAAGCCGGAAGGCGAUUUCGAACGACCAGAACCAACUAAAGUGGGUCCGAGUGAAAAACGAACACCAAUUAAACAUCCGGAUAACCUGAAACCAGAAGGUGAUUUUAUUGGCAAACCAAAAGAUGAUUUCAAGCCCACGCACGGAGAACGUGCUGACGUUAAACGGCCAGAAGAUAAUUUGAAACCGGAAGGUAUAUUUGAAGGCAGGCCUAGGGACGAUUAUAAACAUGUAACAGUUGACCGUGUCGAUAUUGUCAAGCAUUCUGACAACCUGCAUAUGGAAGGUGAAAUUUCAACUUAUAGAUCACGAGACGAGUAUACUGACUUCUUGGUUAGAGAACGAGUUGAAGUGACGAAACAUCGGGAUAACCUGCGGCCGGAAGGACCAUUCGAAGGUCGACCUAAGGACGAUUACUCGCCAAAAACUGCUGAAAGACCAGAAGUCAGGAAGCCAAAGGACAAUUUGCGACCUGAAGGAGAAUUUGAAAGACCACAAAAAACACCAUAUGGCCCUGCUGAAAAACGAACACCAAUCAAACAUGACGAUAAUCUUCGACCUGAAGGAGAAUUCGAAAGACCUGAGCAUGAAAAGUACCGCCCUGCUGAAAGACCCGAAGUUAAGAAGCCGAAAGACAAUCUCCGACCUGAGGGAGAAUUCGAGAGACCAGAAAAAACGCCUUAUGGUCCGGCUGAAAAACGGACGCCGAUCAAGCACGACGAUAAUCUUCGACCCGAAGGUGAAUUUGAAAGACCCGAGCAUCAAAAAUACCGCCCUGCUGAAAGACCCGAAGUUAAGAAGCCGAAAGACAACCUCCGACCGGAGGGUGAGUUUGAAAGACCAGAAAAAACUCCGUACGGUCCGGCUGAAAAACGAACACCAAUCAAACAUGAUGAUAACCUUCGACCUGAAGGUGAAUUCGAAAGACCUGAGCAUGAAAAGUACCGCCCUGCUGAAAGACCCGAAGUUAAAAAGCCGAAAGACAACCUCCGACCUGAGGGAGAAUUUGAGAGACCCGAAAAGACGCCUUACGGACCUGCUGAAAAACGAACACCGAUCAAACAUGAUGACAACCUUCGACCUGAAGGUGAAUUCGAAAGACCUGAGCAUGAAAAGUACCGCCCUGCUGAGAGACCUGAAGUCAAAAGGCCGAAGGACAAUUUGCGACCUGAAGGAGAAUUCGAAAGACCCGAAAAAACAUCUUACGGGCCUGCUGAAAAACGAACUCCGAUCAAGCAUGAUGAUAACCUUCGACCUGAAGGUGAAUUUGAAAGACCUGAGCAUGAAAAAUACCGCCCUGCUGAGAGACCUGAAGUCAAAAAGCCAAAGGACAAUUUGCGACCUGAAGGAGAAUUCGAAAGACCCGAAAAGACACCUUACGGGCCUGCUGAAAAACGAACGCCGAUCAAGCAUGAUGAUAACCUUCGACCUGAAGGUGAAUUCGAAAGACCUGAACAUGAAAAAUACCGCCCUGCUGAGAGACCUGAAGUCAAAAGGCCGAAGGACAAUUUGCGACCUGAAGGAGAAUUCGAAAGACCCGAAAAGACACCUUACGGGCCUGCUGAAAAACGAACUCCGAUCAAGCAUGAUGAUAACCUUCGACCUGAAGGUGAAUUUGAAAGACCUGAGCAUGAAAAAUACCGCCCUGCUGAGAGACCUGAAGUCAAAAAGCCAAAGGACAAUUUGCGACCUGAAGGAGAAUUCGAAAGACCCGAAAAGACACCUUACGGGCCUGCUGAAAAACGAACGCCGAUCAAGCAUGAUGAUAACCUUCGACCUGAAGGUGAAUUCGAAAGACCUGAACAUGAAAAAUACCGCCCUGCUGAGAGACCUGAAGUCAAAAGGCCGAAGGACAAUUUGCGACCUGAAGGAGAAUUCGAAAGACCCGAAAAGACACCUUACGGGCCUACUGAAAAACGAACUCCGAUCAAGCAUGAUGAUAACCUUCGACCUGAAGGUGAAUUUGAAAGACCUGAGCAUGAAAAAUACCGCCCUGCUGAGAGACCUGAAGUCAAAAAGCCAAAGGACAAUUUGCGACCUGAAGGAGAAUUCGAAAGACCCGAAAAGACACCUUACGGGCCUGCUGAAAAACGAACGCCGAUCAAGCAUGAUGAUAACCUUCGACCUGAAGGUGAAUUCGAAAGACCUGAACAUGAAAAAUACCGCCCUGCUGAGAGACCUGAAGUCAAAAGACCAAAGGACAAUUUACGACCUGAAGGAGAAUUCGAAAGACCCGAAAAGACACCUUACGGUCCUGCCGAAAAACGGACGCCGAUCAAGCACGACGAUAAUCUUCGACCCGAAGGUGAAUUUGAAAGACCCGAGCAUCAAAAAUACCGCCCUGCUGAAAGACCCGAAGUUAAGAAGCCGAAAGACAACCUCCGACCGGAGGGUGAGUUUGAAAGACCAGAAAAAACUCCGUACGGUCCGGCUGAAAAACGGACGCCGAUCAAGCAUGAUGACAACCUUCGACCUGAAGGUGAAUUCGAAAGACCUGAGCAUGAAAAGUACCGCCCUGCUGAGAGACCUGAAGUCAAAAAGCCAAAGGAUAAUCUGCGACCUGAAGGAGAAUUCGAGAGACCCGAAAAGACACCUUACGGGCCUGCUGAAAAACGGACGCCGAUCAAGCAUGAUGACAACCUUCGACCUGAAGGUGAAUUCGAAAGACCCGAGCAUGAAAAGUACCGCCCUGCUGAAAGACCCGAAGUGAAGAAGCCGAAAGACAACCUCCGACCGGAGGGUGAGUUUGAAAGACCAGAAAAAACUCCGUACGGUCCGGCAGAAAAACGAACACCCAUCAAACACGAUGAUAAUCUUCGACCUGAAGGUGAAUUUGAAAGACCUGAGCAUGAAAAGUACCGCCCUGCUGAAAGACCCGAAGUGAAGAAGCCGAAAGACAACCUCCGACCGGAGGGUGAGUUUGAAAGACCAGAAAAAACUCCGUACGGUCCGGCAGAAAAACGAACACCCAUCAAACACGAUGAUAAUCUUCGACCUGAAGGUGAAUUUGAAAGACCUGAGCAUGAAAAAUACCGCCCUGCUGAGAGACCUGAAGUCAAAAGGCCGAAGGACAAUUUGCGACCUGAAGGAGAAUUCGAAAGACCCGAAAAGACGCCUUACGGGCCUGCUGAAAAACGGACGCCGAUCAAGCACGACGAUAAUCUUCGACCGGAAGGUGAAUUUGAAAGACCCGAGCAUCAAAAAUACCGCCCUGCUGAAAGACCCGAAGUGAAGAAGCCGAAAGACAACCUCCGACCGGAGGGUGAGUUUGAAAGACCAGAAAAAACUCCGUACGGUCCGGCAGAAAAACGAACACCCAUCAAACACGAUGAUAAUCUUCGACCUGAAGGUGAAUUUGAAAGACCUGAGCAUGAAAAAUACCGCCCUGCUGAGAGACCUGAAGUCAAAAGGCCGAAGGACAAUUUGCGACCUGAAGGAGAAUUCGAAAGACCCGAAAAGACGCCUUACGGGCCUGCUGAAAAACGGACGCCGAUCAAGCACGACGAUAAUCUUCGACCCGAAGGUGAAUUUGAAAGACCCGAGCAUCAAAAAUACCGCCCUGCUGAAAGACCCGAAGUGAAGAAGCCGAAAGACAACCUCCGACCGGAGGGUGAGUUUGAAAGACCAGAAAAAACUCCGUACGGUCCGGCAGAAAAACGAACACCAAUCAAACAUGAUGACAACCUUCGACCUGAAGGUGAAUUCGAAAGACCUGAGCAUGAAAAGUACCGCCCUGCUGAGAGACCUGAAGUCAAACGGCCAAAGGACAAUUUACGACCUGAAGGAGAAUUCGAGAGACCCGAAAAGACACCUUACGGGCCUGCUGAAAAACGGACGCCGAUCAAGCACGACGAUAAUCUUCGACCAGAGGGUGAAUUCGAAAGACCUGAACACGAGCGAUAUCGUCCUGCUGAAAGACCAGAAGUCAAGAAGCCUAAAGAUAACCUUCGGCCAGAGGGCGAGUUUGAAAGACCAGAAAAGACUUCUUAUGGUCCUGCUGAAAAACGAACGCCGAUCAAACACGGCGAUAAUCUUCGACCGGAAGGUGAAUUUGAAAGACCGGAACAUGAAAAGUAUCGUCCUGCAGAAAGACCCGAAGUCAAGAAGCCAAAGGAUAACCUCCGACCAGAGGGAGAGUUUGAGAGACCUGAGAAAACAUCGGUUGGACCUGCUGAAAGACGAACACCCAUUAAACAUUCUGACAAUCUGAAGCCUGAGGGUGAUUUUGUUGGCAGAGUGAGAGAUGACUACAAGAUAAUUAAAGGCGAGCGUGUUGACGUAAUCAAACAUACUGAUAAUCUUCGAAUGGAAGGUGACAUACAAACUUAUCGAUCCCGUGACGAUUACACAGAUUUUCUGCUCAGAGAACGUGUCGAGGUUACUAAAUAUGAAGAUAAUUUACGUAUGGAAGGAGAAUUCAUCGAUAUGAGAACGCGCGAUGAUUAUAAAGUAGUUAAAGGAGAACGAGCUGAAGUCAAGAAACCCAAGGACAAUCUUAAACCAGAGGGAGACUUUGAAAGGCCGGACAAGAAACCCGUCGGGCCGGCGGAGCGGCGUACACCAAUCAAACACGCUGACAACCUAAAACCGGAAGGGGACUUUACGGAUCGCCAGCUAGAAGAAGCCCCGAAAAAAGGAGAACGAGCGGAAAUAAAGAAACCCAAAGAUAACCUUCGUCCUGAGGGUGAAUUCGAUAGGCCUGAAAAAACAUCUUACGGCCCAGCAGAGAAAAGAACACCCAUCAAACACGCUGACAAUCUUAAACCCGAAGGUGAUUUCACUGGGCGUCCAAAGGAAGAGACUCCAAAACGUGGCGACCGAGCUGAUAUCAAGAAACCAAAAGAUAAUUUACGUCCGGAAGGAAAUUUCGAGCGUCCCGACAAAGCAAUCGUUGGACCAGCUGAGCGCAGGACACCCAUACGCCAUGAAGACAAUCUUCAUCCGGAGGGAGAGUUUACUGGGCGUCCCAAAGAUGAUUUCACUCCGAAACGCGUAGAACGUCCAGUGCAGAAGAAACCUCAAGAUAACCUCAAACCAGAAGGUGAAUUCACUGGCAGGCCAAGAGAGGAUUAUGUUCGAAAGAUUGGGGAGAGAUCCGAAAUUGUUGUGCACAAGGAUAAUCUGAGAAUGGAAGGUGAAAUUGAUGUGCACAGAUCCAGAGACGAUUACACCAUUUCGAGAACCGAGCGUGUUGACGUUGUCAGACAUGAAGAUAACCUGAAGAUCGAAGGAGAAUUUAUUGACGUGCGUAGACGCGAUGACUACAAUAUAACACGUGGUGAACGCACUGAGAUUAUUAGGCACGAAGACAAUCUUCGUCCAGAAGGUGACUUUGAACGUCCAGAAAAAGCUCCGGUGGGUCCAGCUGAACGCAGAUCACCGAUAAAACAUCCAGACAAUCUGAAACCAGAGGGAGACUUCAUUCGUCGACCAAAAGAUGCUGCGCCAACCAAAGGAGAUCGAGCUGUUGUCAAGAAACCUAAAGACAACCUUAGACCAGAAGGUGACUUUGAAAGGCCAGAUAAAUCACCCGUUGGUCCAGGUGAAAGGCGGACACCCAUCCGUCAUGCAGAUAACCUCAAACCAGAGGGUGAUUUCGAAAGAAGGUCUCCAACUAAAGUGGGACCAGGUGAAAAACGUACCCCAAUUCGCCAUGAGGAUAACCUGAAGCCUGAGGGUGAUUUCGAGAGACGGUCUCCAAGUAAAGUGGGACCAGGUGAAAGACGUACCCCGAUUCGCCAUGAGGACAACCUGAAGCCUGAGGGUGAUUUCGAGAGACGGGCUCCAAGUAAAGUGGGACCAGGUGAAAGACGUACCCCGAUUCGCCAUGAGGACAACCUGAAGCCUGAGGGCGAUUUCGAGAAACGGACUCCAAGUAAAGUGGGACCUGGUGAAAGACGUACCCCGAUUCGCCACGAAGACAAUCUUCAUCCGGAAGGUGACUUCUACGGGAUGCCGAAAAAUGAAUCGACGCCGAAGAAGGGUGAUCGCGCAAUUAUCAAACGCCCGCAAGAUAAUCUGCGAUCUGAGGGUGAGAUGCAAAUGACACAAACUUCUAAAGAUGAUUAUAGAGUUGUAAAAGGCGAUCGCUUCGAAGUGCGUCGCCGCGAAGACCAUCUUCGAAUGGAAGGAGAGAUUGAUGUGCGUAGGUCAAGAGACGAUUACAAAAAGAUCACGAAGGUCGAAAGAGUGGAUGUUGUGAGACACGAAGAUAAUCUUAGAAUUGAGGGUGAAUUCGUUGAUGUCCGUAGGAGAGAUGAUUACACCACACAUGUUGGUGGUGAAAGAACCUUUAUUCAGAGACAGUCUGACAACUUAAGACCUGAAGGUGACUUUGAAAGACCAGAGAAGAGUCACGUUGGUCCCGGUGAGAGAAGAUCUCCAAUCAAGCAUCCAGAUAAUCUUAAACCUGAAGGCGAUUUUGAGCAAAGAAUACCGCAACAAGUUGGACCUGGUGAACGUAGAACACCUAUUCGUCAUGGAGAUAACUUGAAAUCGGAAGGUGAAUUUGACGGUCGACCAAGGGACGACUACUCUCAGAAAAGAGCAGAGAGAACAGAAAUAGUUAGAAGAGAGGAUAACUUAAAAAUGACUGGUGAUUUCCGGGAUACGACUUCACAGAAAUCGGCAUACAAAAUUAUCCGUGGCGAACGCGUAGAAGUCAAACGCCACGAGGGCAACCUGAAAAUCAGUACCGAUGCAAUGGAAUCUAAGACAACUUCAAGAGAUACAUUCACACCAACCAGGAAGGAUUCAGCUGGCAUCGUAUCCUACGAUCGGCCAGUAAAUCGCCAAACACACAUGGAGUCCUCAAUUUCACUUGGUGAAGACACAAGCACAAUGUCGACAACAAAUCAGCGCAACUACAACACAUACACGCGUAAAACUGGCCGUGAAGUAGCUACUAAACUGGACGAUGUGCAAUCAGAUGUUAAACGAGCUGCAACAACGGAAACUAAAACUAUGCCUGACGGUUCAGUAGUAACAGUAAUUAGGGAAACGACAACAAAACACACGGGGCAAAAGUUAGUUGGUCAAACAUCUCACCAACAACAUGCACAUCAUACAAAUGUAUCGGAGCGUCACGCCACUCGAGUUAUCGAUAAUUCAGUAAUUGGUGGUGGUCCCAGCGGUCCAAGAGGAGACUCAUCCGUUAGUAGCAUAGUCCAAGACAAUGACAUUUCCCGAAGGUCAACUACAGUUGUGGAUAACCAGCGACAUGUUAACGAACAACAUCAUCGUACAAACAACGAACAACGUCUGAGAUCCGAAAAUGUGUCACAAACCCGUUACGUGGUCGAUGACAGAUCAAUAACUGAUGUGAAUAAGCACGCUCGUAACCAAAUCACACGAGACAUAUCAUCAAAUACGCGUCACUUGGCAGACAAUAGGUCAACCAGCAUUCAAGAUAUUCAGAAACAACAACAAAUUGAACGACAUCAACGACAGCAGCAGCAACACCAGCAACAGCAACAGCACGAAAUUUCCCGGCGUGAUUACGUGAAUACCGAAUUAGUUGACAACAGGCAAACAAACUCAGCACGUCAUCAUCACAGCUCGAUGCAUACUCAGCAUACCGUUGCCAGCCAAGCACGUUACAACACAAAUCAAUCGAGCAGCAACGACUUCAAACAAAUAAUUGGAGGAUAUUCAGGACAAUCAGCCGUGGAUUCUUCUACCAAGACCAGUCAUCACAGAAAAAAUAUCAUCUCUUCAUCGUCCGCAGAUGUCAGCAAUUCAGUACUGCAUCGCAGAGGAGUAACCUCAUCGACUGAGGCACUUCACACGAUUUCGUCAACUGCCGCGGCUCAACGAAAGAGCAUAUCGAACCUUGCUGACUCUGGGCAGUAUAUCAGUAAUUCGAGUCAGAGCAGCGAUCGUCGCAGUCUGACCUCCUUACACCGCAGUACCAAGGAUGGCAACCCUUGGGCAUCGGCGACAUACGAAAGGCCACAACGCGUCGUUCAUCGCGAUAACCUUACGAUUGGCGGAAAAUUCUACUCUCAACGCGAAGCCAACAGUUACGGUAACUUUACUACGCAGAAGACCGAGCGCGUUCAAAGACGCUCAAACGUAUCGCACAUCGCUCUUGGCGAUGGGAGCGCAACUACAUCAACAUCCUACAAGAAGGAGUUCGUUCCGAAACAACAGGGUCCAUGUCCAGCUGCACUAUUGGAAGCUAAGAAGGCGCCCUUCAAGCACACAAGAGACACGCCAAAACACAAGUUCUACAUGCCACUGAUUUCCAAUUAAUCAAUUAGGUUACCAGUCCUCAAGGUCGUACACAAAAGCUGUAACUUUUAUCGCACUUACUUCACUUGGUGUUACUUCAAGUAAGCCUAAGUCGGCGAAAUUCCUUUACGACACUCUAGAACUGUGAUAAGAAUUCAGAAUUUUACUAUUCUAUAUGUUAUAUUGAUGUGAUCAUCUGACUAUACUAUACGGUUACAUUUUUUGCAAAAAUAUUAUAUAUUAUAUUUACACAA